AUGCAAAGCGUUGUGCGAACGCAAAACAAUGGCCGAAGCCUUCAGGAGGGUAAACUAGUGUUGAAGAAGUACCGCAUCGAGUUCAAGCUAGGAUGUGGCACAUUUGGCGACGUGUAUCGUGCAGAAGAUAUCGCAACCGGUGUCAAGGUGGCCAUUAAAAUGGAGUCUAAACCCACGGCGACGGAAACGAUUUUUCAAGAGUACAAUCUUUAUCAGAUGCUACAGGGCCAGCAAGGAAUCGCCCAAGUUUAUCUCUGCGAGAUGUAUAAAAAUCGACAGAUACUGAUCAUGGAGCUGCUCGGAGAUUGCUUGGGUUCACUGUUGCAGACAUGCGGCAGACGAUUUUCGCUCUCUACCACUCUACAGCUGGGCAUACAAAUGAUCGACAGAAUAGAGCUACUUCACCAGUACGGCUAUGUGCAUCGAGAUAUUAAGCCGCAAAACUUUGUAAUGGGCUGCAAUGGUAAGCACCACAUCGUUCACCUGAUUGAUUAUGGUUUGGCUAAGCCUUUUUGGGACCCCUCCCGAAGGCGGCACAUCCCGAAGCAACAUGUCGGAUCUUUCGUCGGCAGUAUUCGCUAUGCGUCGAUUCAUGCACACCAAGGACGAGAGUUGAGCCGUCGAGACGACCUCUUGUCACUCGGAUACAUUCUUGUGAGUUUCAUUCGGGGAUCUCUGCCUUGGCAGCACAUGAGGGUUUUUUCGAAGGCGGAGAAAUUCGAAAAGGUUUACCAGAAAAAACUGUCUUCAACACCCGAAAUUCUUUGUAAGAAUCUGCCAACCGAGAUCUUCAACCACAUGGACUACUGCUGCAAGUUACGUUACACUACCGAACCCAACUACAGUUUCCUGCGAAACAAUCUUCAAGAUUUAUUGAACCGAUACCAGUCUCAGAAUGGCGUUCAUGACUUUGAUUGGAUUCAGGAUCAUGACUCGGAAACGGACGACCAGACCUAA